CAGAGGAAAUCUAAAAUCUCAGCCUCACGCAAGCUCAUGCUGAAGAGCAUGAUGGUGGCCAGGGCGAAGGAGGAGCUGGAGCAGGAGAUGGAGGAGAAAGAGGAAGAGAAGCUAAAGUACCUGGAGGAGAAAGCCCCUCCGAUGCAGAUCAGUUGCAUGUCCUUGGCAGAGCUGGAGACAUUAUGUGAAGAGCUGCACUCCCAAAUCGACGUGGUGGACGAGGAGCGAUACGACAUUGAAGCCAAAGUCAUGCACAACAGCAGAGAGAUCAAAGACCUGAACAUCAAGGUGCUGGACCUGCGAGGGAAGUUUAAGAGACCCAGCCUCAGGAGAGUGAGGGUUUCUGCCGACGCCAUCCUGCGCUCCCUGCUGGGCUCAAAGCACAAGGUCUCUCUGGAUCUGAGAGCCAACCUCAAAUCGGUCAAGAAGGAGGACACAGAGAAGGAGAAGACAGCGGAGGUGAGCGACUGGAGGAAGAAUGUGGAGGCCAUGUCGGGCAUGGAGGGCCGCAUGAAGAUGUUUGAUGCAGCCGGCUCCAGCCAGUGA